UCAUCGAGUUUAUGUUGCACACUGAUUGAACUCGUGCUGUUUGUGAAUGAUUUUCGUGAUAGUGAUUAUUGUUUAAUCCUAGUGUAAUAACAAAUAAGCGGUCCUUUUGAAGUGUGCGGGAUGCGUGCGUGAGCGCAGCGCAUGACGUGCUACGAAACAUUGAGAACUCCGGCACCCGCCGCGGACGCCCCCAUGGCGCACCACUUUGUCAAGUGGUGGCGCAACAAGUUUAGAAAUGGAUAUAAGAAAUUCAGCAUCGGCACGGAAAGCGAAAGGACAGACACCGAGGAGUUAGUGGGACGCGCCGCUUCUCAAUGUUCUGCACCCCCAGACCUGUUGCCUAGCGAGGCUAGGGCGCUUUUGCAGCCUACAACACCCCCGCCACGGCAAAUUCGGGGAGUACCCGAACCUACUUACAAGCCUCCACCAUCUCCAAUCCCUAUCGACAAUGAUGAAAAGCAACCCAGAUUGCGAUUCGAGGAGCUGACCUGCGAUGUAGAACUUAAGCACCACGAAUCAUCCAAACAACAACCACUCCAGUUCUCUUUUACUCUUUACGACCUUGACGGACAUGGGAGAAUGACAAAAGAUGACAUAGCUGGCAUCGUGUCAACGAUAUACGAGUCGAUAGGGAAGUCGGUCACAGUACCUCAUUAUGGCUCGAAAACCAUACAAGUGCGGCUAACGGUCGUACCGGAAGAUGGGAGCGCACGAACUCCGCGGGAGAGGCGGGAGGGGAGGCGGCGACGGCGGCGAGAAACCACAACCGCUGCGCCCGCACCUCCGCCCGACUGCCCCGACAGCGAGGAAGAGAGAGAACGGCUGUCUCACGACGACGACUCGUCAAAGUCUUCCUGCUCCGGCGACCGCAGAUCUCAACAACGACCGCAACCUAUAAGCAACCCUCGACCAUACCGACAUCAUCGCCGGGAACAUAGGGAAAGAAAACAUACUAAGAAAAGGUCCGGCAGCUUACAGAGACGGGAGCUACUUGAAAUUAUACAGGCUAACAUGGAAAAGAACCAUAUGAGCUUUCAAACCUCAAGAAAGACCAGUGAUCCGGUUGCCAAUGAAGAAGAGAUAACGACGAAAUAUCAAAAACUGCGUAACAGAUCAUAUACAGUGAGUGAGAAACCCGUAAAUGCAUUCCAAAAGACGAAGACUGAGAACAUAGGAAACGGCUACCUGGAUUUAGCGAGUGGGGGCGAUUCUAAUUUGUGCCGGUACGAUAGGUAUCUACACGCCGUGAUAUGUUCAUCAGCUCGGCAUGCACACACGGGCUACCACCAACGACAAACGCAGACGCCCCGAACCCCGCCGCGCCCCUCAAAACUCCCGCAACCUCGCUCGCGAUCCCAUGACAUGCCCAACCAUGCGCAAACGCAGCACCCUAGAGUCCUUCAAAUUAUAUUCUUAUAGAACUUAAUAAAGGGCAUUGUCGGCGACGAUUGUCCUUCUCUCUAUUUAGUUAUGAGAACAUGCAAAUUUCGAGUUACCAAGUGCUGUACUGAAAUAAUUUUAGAAAAUAUAAAUUUGACAAAACAUUAGAUUUAAUUAGUUUUGUAUAUUAGUCAUUAAUCAGUAUUUAUUCAUGGCAAUGUGUCUUAUAAAUACAUUUUAAAAUAAAAUGGCAAAUAUUGUAAUAAGUUUUUGUCUGUCCUAAAACAUUAUGGAUAAUAGUAAUAGAUAUAAAUGGACAUUUUCUUCUUAAGAAAUUAUUUUGAUUUUGAAUCUUAACAAUCCUAUACCUAUUUGCCUUGUAUUUGGGUGCGAUUCCAAAAUUUUGAUUUUGUUCAGUUUUCCGAAAAAUAGGGGAUUUUGUUUAUGGCGCAUCCAUAACGAUUGAAAACUUUUAUAUCUGUAAAUUGUCUCACUUUAUAUUAAUGUAUAAUACCUUUAUCUCAUCCUAGACCUCGAUAUAGACCACGAAGUUCACAGAGCUAGACCAUGACAGUAAUACUUAGGUAUAAAAAUAAAUACAAUGCAAAUAAAUAUAAUGUAGUUACAUAAUUAUAAAUUAAAGUAUCUGUGAAUGUCACAAAGUGUUAUACAAUGUUGGUUGGCUUUAUAAAUAAUUUGAUAUUUUGUAACUGCUUUGUGGAGCACUUAUGGCAAUGUGCCUUAAUAUUUGUAAUUUAUGUAGAACUCAAACUCGUGCUACUCAAAAUCUAAAGAAACAUUGGUUUGAGUGACAGCGAAAGUGUUAAUUGAAAAAUCUUGUCCAUAUUUAUAUCUGUGUAUUGUUAAUAACAAAAUGCUCAGUAGAUGUAAUUUGUAAAACUCAUUUUCGAGUUUAGACUGAUUUUAGAAAUAAGUGUUGAAGUACUUGAACAAUGAUAUUUUAUAAGGGAACUGUUUUAUGUAUAACGAUUUAUUAUUACUUGUACUUAAUCAAAGCUGUUAUGUGUAUACUUUUUCAACGGAACCAAGUAUCUUAUGUCAGAGUAAAAUCUCAUUUCUCAUGUUUAUAGUACCAAUAUCAGUAUUCUUUAUUCUAAACAUUAAGGGAAUGAAUCUCUAGAAAGUUAUUAUCUACCUCUUACUUAUAUAAUGUAUUAUUAAUAAUUUAUUGACAUCCGAAUCCUAAUUUAACUUUAGUUAUAAUUUAGCUUGUAUUGUGAUAAUUUGUUAAAGUUAUAGGGUCACUCAAAGAUAAAUUAGAUGUACAGUUAUAAGUGUACAAAGUGCUCGAUCUUGUCAAAAAUAUUUAUUAAUUUGAAAUAUAAUCUUGAGAUUACUUUACAA